AUCAGCUAAAUUGGUAAUGAGUGCUGGCAGCAGCAAAGAAGAUCUAGAUGACAUUAUUGAUGAAAUCUGUAAGGACAGCAGCUUUACCAAAACACCUCUGCCUUCUCUGCAAAGCUGCUUUCUGGCUGCUCGGCCCUCACUGUGUUCUGAUGCAUAAGGGUUAUUCCUCCCCAGGGGCAGUAGUUUGCAUUUCCCCUUAGAUGAACUUGAAGAGAUUCCUCUCAGCCCAUUUCUGCAGUCAUUUGAGGUCCGUCAUAAUGGCAGCACAGUCAUCUGACACAGCAACGACUGCUCCCCAUUUUAAGUUGAAGUCUAACUUCACAAGUCUCACACCUGAAAGAAAUAGUGCUGUUAUACAGGCACGUGGGAAAAAAUGCUGUCCAGUGUACCUGGGUGGAAGCGCUUCACCAUCUGGCAUAGGAACAAAUAUUUCAAAGAGAACAUGUGAUCAACUACGUUGUACUGCUUGUGACUUCCGUGUAUCACUUUUCAAUGACUACAUCUGGGAUCAGUCCUGUGAUUAUCUUUUUUUCAGGAAUAACAUGCCUGAGCUCAGUAAACUAAGAGCAAAGAUGAUAAAGAAGAAAGGAGCACGAGCAUAUGCUUGUCAGUGCAGCUGGAGAUCCAUUGAUGAAUUAACUGACCUCCAGACAGAGCAGCAGCUUCGGUGGGUUUGUGGUAAACAUGGAGAAUGAAGUCUUCUUGUGUGUGAUACCUACUUGUGUGGACACAGGUCAUAAACUCAGUUUGUUUCCCAGUUUUCUGAGAACAGGUGGAAACCUGAAUACUUAUACCUAGAAAUAGAUUAUAAUACCCAGAAUUCAACCUGAAAACCUGUUUUUUCAAUUUAACUGUCUUGCAAGCAAUGUGGAGAGUUGAAUUAUUACAAGAAACAAUUUUGAGGUGUGGUGGUUUGACAUGACAUGACAUGAGGCUUUCUGGAAGCUAAAUGAGGUUAAAGCUCAUACUGAGUAGUGUUAAAGGAGAAGAGGAAAUAACAGACCUGGACAUGGGCAAAACAGGAUACUGUUGAUACUGUCCCUCAUAUCUAGCAGAGAGCCUUAUUUCCCAUGUCUGCAGAAUCUUGGAUUCAAAAUGGUGGGCUGGGACACAGCCAUGACACACAAGCAUAUGAAUUUCAACACAGAAAUUAAUCCCACUCUUCUGCUUUGCUCAUUGCUGGUAAUGAGCAAGUGGUUGGUUGCUCUCUUAAAAAAUUACUGUGGGAUCAGCUCUCACCUCAAAGGUUUCCGCAACCCCCAGAACUUUCUUUUACCCACCAGUAACCAAAAACUGCCGGUGCUGAAAAUUUUCUUCCAGUUCCUACUGCUUUCUUCAGAGCACUUUCCUCAGCCUGCACUGCAAGAGGUGAACAAGUUAUUAUGUAAUUAUUAAAUUUUGUGCAAUUUUAAAGAUAUUCUGAAGAGUAUUCUGUCAACAUUUUCAAGGGAAAAAGGCUCAGGCUUUUAAGAGUGAGAAAAUAUAUAUCCCCACUAAUAUUGGAAUUUAGAUUUUAUUUCAGUUUCACAUAGCUUUUCCUUCAACUUCUCCUUAAAAUACUGUGUAUUGAGAAAGUGUAACUGUCCUGUUUCAACACACUUCCUUCCGCCGGUAACAUUGUCACUUGGUGAAUUGUCUUGCUUACAGUCACUGUCACUAUAGUUUAUGAGCUCUUUCUUUUCUUUAUGUAUAAAUAACACAGGAGGUAGACUUGAGUUUUAUGCAAGGAGAUAGGAAGGAAAGGACUACCAGUCCUGUCAUUUACUACAUUUAAAGGUGUCUCAAAAUGGGAAGUCUGUCAAUAUUUUUGCUAUGCAACAUGUGUAUCUAUACAAAUAAAUUUGAGAUUAUUUACUUUGAGCAA